AUGAGCUCUAUCGAAUCUCAGCAGCACCUCAAAGCUAUCCUCAGAGAUAGAGUAGACGAGAAGAUGUCGGGCUCUUUCUACGAAUCCGCAUUUGUCAUCCCCCACAUGCAGACUGCAGCCAUGCCUCGCCGGCCCCGUCAGCCUGCUCCGACAUCGCGGCCCAGCGUCGGUGCGAUGGCGUCGGAAGCAACUCUUGUUGACAAGGACGGUGCCCCUGCCGUGUCAAAAGAGAAGAACGAUGCCGCCGGCACCCUCAAUGGAUCGUCACCGCCGAGCAAGAGUCUCCUCAAGCGACUCUUGAAGAAGGCUUAG